AUGCCCCUAACCUUGUCCCCGCCACGCCUCCUCCUUCUCCUUCGCCGCCGCCAAGCCAAGGUCCAGGAGCCGCGCUCCACGGCCCGCCCAUGCCGUGGAGCGCGGCUCAGCUGUGCCCCUGACGAGGUCGCGGCCACAGACGCCGAGCAGCAGCAGGGAGAGGAGGAGGAGGAGUUGGUGCUGCUCGCCUCCUACCGCACCGCCUUCAACGAGGUCAUCAUGGUCAUUGACUCGCCCUCCAACCGCUACCUCGUCCUCGACCCCACCCGCAACGUCCACAGCAUUCUCCCCAAGAAGAGCGCCUGGACCAAUUCCUACUGGGAUGAGUGCGUCAGCCUGCCUACCGUUGUUCCACGAGGUCCUGUUGCACUUCUAGGUUUGGGUGCUGGGACAGCAGCACAUAUGAUGCUGGAAGUAUGGCCUUGGAUACAGCUUAUCGGAUGGGAGAUUGAUCCGACGGUAAUUGAAUUGUCGAGGGAUUAUUUUGGUAUGUCCACUUUAGAGAAGACCACGGAACUAGGUGGUUCACUUUCGGUGCAUAUUGGCGAUGCACUUUCCCCAUCGGCUACAGUCGAAGGAGGAUUUGCUGGUAUUGUUGUUGAUUUAUUUGCUGAUGGAAAAGUCUUACCUCAGCUACAGGAAGCUGAAACUUGGUUAGAGAUUGCGAAGAAGCUGAUGCCCGAUGGUCGAAUCAUGGUCAACUGCGGUGCGGGAGAUACCGCCAUAUCUCUUGCCGCCGACGCGGAUGUUUCCUCCUGGGUUCAGAAUCCCACAAUCAAGGCUCUAUGCUCUGCAUUUCCAGGGCAACUAAACUGGAAGAGGCUUUCGGAGAAGGAGAGCGUAAACUACGUCGCGUUGACGGGUCCCCUUCCGGAUUUGGAGGAGUGGUCAACCUCGGUUCCUAGCGAGCUGAGCCUGAGAGUGAAACAAUGGGUGCCUUGCGAGCUCGCAUGA